AACCCCUCCCCCCCCUCCUCAGGGCAUGUUCAUCGUGCUGCUGCUGGGCUGGGUGUUCGUGCCGAUAUACAUGAGAGCGGGGGUGAGCACCAUGCCCGAGUACCUGGGCCGGCGCUUCGGGGGGGGGAGGAUCCGGCUCUACCUGGCGCUGCUCUCGCUGGGGCUGUACGUCAGCACCAAGAUCUCGGUGGACAUGUACUCGGGCGCUCUGUUCAUCCGCGAGGCGCUGGGCUGGGACCUGUACGCGUCGGUGGGGGCGCUGCUGGGCGUCACCGCGCUCUACACCGUCACCG